CACUCCGACAGUCGGACCGGGAAAAAAACCUACAAAACAUCAAUCAAUCAUCAAUAACAAAACAAUUCUCUUCUCCUUGCUCAAAUCUGUUGUCGCAAACUCGAUUGUGAAUAAAGUUAUUCUGGUUUUGUCCAAGAGCUAUUUGAAGUGUUGUUUGGGAGCAGAUCGUAGGUGUUAAUUUUUGCAGUUUUGGGAAGCUCUUAUCAAGCCAUUUACGGUGUUGUUUGGUUUGCAGCUGGUAUUACUACAGUUUGUAUCCUUUUUGCAGCUGUUUUUGCUGUUGUUUGGACGUGGUCAUAGCUCUUUUGAAGUUCCAUUACAAAACAAAGUAGCCGCAUAGAAAACAAAAACAAGGACACUUUUAAAGGCGUAGGCAAAAAUAUUGUCGUCAUUAAUGGAUGUCGAAGAGAGCGAAACAAACAAGAUAUACAUACCUGAAGAAUGGUCAGAAACGAUGGAAGCCAUAGCAGCUUAUGGUGAGGGUGGUCCAACAGCCACAACAUUCAUUUGUGGCCCCACAAACAGUGGCAAGUCAACCUUCUCUCGUCAUCUUCUUCAUCGGCUCUUUUCUAGGCACAAGAGAGUUGCUUACUUAGAUACUGAUGUUGGACAGCCUGAGUUUACCCCACCCGGAUGCCUUUCACUUACUAUUCUUGAUAAAGAAUCCAUUGAUUCGAAAGUUUUCCCGGAAAGAUGCUUCUUCUAUGGUGACGAUUCGUCAAAAAGAGAUCCUGAGAUUUAUUUGACGUAUAUAAUUUCCUUAUAUGAUCAUUAUCAAAAACAGUAUAAUCAACUUUCAGGGAGUGCAUCUGCCAAUGACAGUGGGGUACCCCUAAUUGUCAACACACCCGGUUGGGUGAAAGGUAUUGGAUACGAUUUACUGGUUGAUAUGUUGAAACACUUUGCCCCCACACACGUGGUUAAUAUCUAUAGAUAUGAUAAAAGUAAGAACCUACCCUCCGGAGCAUUUUGGUCUCAAGAUGGGGAUGUUGGGGCAGUAACGCUAAUGGAAAUCAAUUCAGCCUAUGACUCUUUAGAUCGAUCGGAACGACCAAAGCGUUCACGCCAUGUAAGAGAUUCAAGUAUUGUUACAUAUUUUCGACAGUGUUUUCCUGGUGACAUGAAUAUCAGUUCAGACAAGGAAAUUGGUCAAGCAUUGGCUGCUCACCCUCCUUAUGAAGUUUCUGUGUCAGCUGUCAACAUUAAACAUCUUCAUAAUAAGGUACCGAAAGCUGAAAUUUAUCAAAGUUUGAAUGGAACUAUAGUUGGAUUGGCAGUUGAUUCUGAAGGCUCUGAACAUUUACCUCACUGUGUAGGUCUUGGAAUUGUUCGUGGAAUAGACAGUUUGAGACGGGUUCUUUAUAUAAUCACUCCUGUUCCACUAAAUGUUCUGGAGGAUGUUGAUGUUCUACUGCAAGGGUUCAUUCAGAUUCCAACUUGCUUGUUGCAGGUACAGGGAUGUGUUUCGCCAUAUUUGGCUUCAAAUGUCCUUCCUGGAACUUAAAUGCUAUAGCUAUGAUUCCUGACUGCCGUCCUUUAAAGAACCACCAACUGGGAAACUCUUGUGUGUGGAAACUGUCAGAACUUGACUUUUCAUGUACCAAAAAUCGACAUGUACAGUAACAAUAUAUUCGCUGCUGAAAAAACUCUCAGUUUGUGUAAUAUGACAGUCCAUAUAUGUCUAGUAAAGCCAGUCUUAUCACUUUACUAGCCAUGCAGAUUUUGUUUCUGCAUUGGGAUAUUAUUUUGGUCACAACUUUAUAUAUUGUUUCUGUUAUGCAUCUGGAAAAAGUUCAUGUUUAUGAAACAUGAUACUUUUGUAGAGCUGUUCUACGUUGUUUGAAAAACAAUGGCUCAUUUUGACA